CACACACACACAGAGACACACACACACACACACACACACACAAUUCACUCAUUUUCAAAUAAGUGAAAUUAAAUCGUAUCUGUUCAGAAGGAACUAGAAUUAAUUUUAAAUUCUGUUUUUAUUACUUUUUAAUUUCCUCCCCACAGUCGCUGCAGUGACUCAGCACAUUUCUCUGUCGUGUUACUGACGAAGAUAAUAAACUGUGAUUCUCUGGACGCCGUCGUGUCGACGCCGAGGUUCUUCCUGGUCCCAGGCGCUGCAGGUUGGCUCGACCUGAUCUAGAUCCAGCGACGCUGUUUGACUGUCAAAUCAUCUGCAGCAGAGUGUGUAAUCAAACUUCAUCGUCCCGAGAGUCGAGUGCGUCAUCAGCUGAGGAUCAAGAGCAACGGGACCCCGACUCUGCCCCGAGAGGGACCAGCUGUUUGACUUGGAUGAACCAGUGCGACGAGGAUUCACAACAUCAACGCUUCUGAUCGGACAAGGCCUCAGGUCGUACGACUCACUUUGUUUUUAUUCCAACUCAAACCUGAGUUUCUUCUCGUCCAUCAGAAAGAGGGAAAUGUUUUCACCUUUAUCAGGAUUCUUAGAAAAUCAAGAUGCUGGAUUUUGUAGGAGCCUCCCGCAGAAUGUAGACAGAUGUUUGGAGCAGAGAUCAUCUGUCGUCCGGUGGAAUAACAGAGUUUCAUCAGUUUCCAUCUGAACGAGGAGAAUCUGCAGCUGCCGGACGUCUGCACGAGAUUUACAAACAGAAAGAAAGAUUGUUUUUUAAUUUUCCUGCAGGUCAGAUCAAGUUUUCUGUUGUUUCUCUCUGAUUAUUUUAAAUUUUAAAUGAAUUCAUCUUCAGUAUUUCAAAAGCGGACACAGAUUUCCUUUGAGUGUUUGAAGGGAAUGUGUUGGUUUCUUUUUCUGUAGCAUUCUUCCUUUCUAUUGGGACAGAAAUAGAUUUUUUACUCCCAGUGUUUGUUGGGACUUCCUGUGAUUUGCGUUCAUUUGCCUGUGGACCAGGUGGACGUCCGGCUGCUGGUCACUUCCAGGUCCGUCCUGAAGUUUUCUUAUGGGAGAAAUAUUUUUUAUUGAGAUUUUAUUCUGUGAGAACUCCAACGUGACUGAGAACUCUUCAGGAACACGGAGACUAACAGCGGAAUGUUCAGACGUUAUUCUCCAUAGGAACCGUUUGGGAUUUUAUCGUUUUUACGUUUUGCCGGGAUUGUUGACCUCGGAAACUUUUCUAACAAUUACGUCAACGAGAAAAGCAUUUGAACGUCUUUUUACAUUCUGAAGUAUCAAGCAAAGUAUUGAAAGUACCGAGGAGUUUGACCAGAGCCAGAAUCAGAUAGGGAUGUCACAGUUCAAACUGAUUCAUCAGCAUUCGGAGGCAUGUUCACGUUCUCCGUGACGGCAGCCAUCUUUAUUUUUGUCCCCAUCUUGGGUUUUUCUUCAUGAAAGUGAUAAAUGUGUCGAAGAGACGAAUCCUAAGAUCGACGAGUUUCACGAGGAGAGCGGGACCUGGAGUACAAUCUGAGAUCAUCUCUUCCGACUUCGGGGGAAGUCGCUGCCCGUCACUGCCAUGCUUCCUGCAGCGCCGGCUGAAGCGCCUCCGCGACGAGCGGCUUAGGGAGCAGUGUCUGCGAACGGUCGAGAUGGAGCCGCUCAGCUGUCAACCUGCGGGAUACCUGCCGCCGCCGCCGCCGCCGCCGCCGCCUCAGCUGCCCAGGGAGCCGCCACAGUUCUGCCCUCCUCACACCAUGACGCCGCCACUUCCUCUGCUGGUUCCACACCCGCUGCCACGGGCGACGUGGAUCAGCAUGCCAGACACAGAAUUACUCGGGAAGCCUCCCUGCUACGAGGAGGCCGUCCUGAUGGAGGAUCCUCCUCCGCCCUACAGCGAGGUGUUGGCCGACCCGCGGUGGGGCACCUUUCUGAAGCCCGCCCCGCCUCGCGCAGCAGCGCCGCCUCCGCCUCCUCCUCCUCCUCUCAGGGAGGACCCCCCCCCCGUGUUCAGGUCUGAGACCAGCAAGCUUCCCGUGGCGACGGUGUUCCCCGACCGGGGCUACUCCUCCCUGAUCCGCCUGCCCUCGUCCCAGCGCUGGGACUCGCUGGGUCGACUCCUGUCCAACAUGGACCUGAACCACGACCACCUCGACCCGCCGGGGGGGCGCUCCCUCCAGGCGGCCACUGCCAUGGCAACCAUGCCCCGCCGAGAGACCAGGACUCAACGGGACGGACUCGCGCUCAGCAGAGGCGGAGUACGAGGACUCCAAGGAGAGUUCCAGGGCCUUCAGGGCGUUCACAGACUGAGGGGGCUGGAGUCCGGCUGCGGCCUGCCCACGGCCUUCCCUCUGCUGGGUCGGAGCACGGCGGUUUAGGUCCUGGACGGUUCCAACCUGCCGACGAGUCGUCCGUCUCCGAAGAGCCUGAACCAGGACGAGAUGUUGAACGACAGACUUCCUGUCUUAUCUCCCGCCGGCUCACUGUUUACAGCUCGAGCAGGAAGUGGUGAUGGAAGAGAUUCUCAUUCCCACAAAAGAAAUGCAGCAGGGUUGAAGCGCUGCGAAGGCGUCGGGAGUUCGAUUCCCUGUGUAAAACAACAAAGCACAAACCGAGGUUUUCCUUUGAACCGAGUCGAGGAGAGAAACCACUCGCAACGAGGUUUUUCAUUCUGUCCGUCCGUCUCCUCUUUCUGAGCAUCCUAUUGUACCAGUCUGCUGUUGCCAUGGCUCCCGGGAACUGUCUGUUGCCCACGACGACGACCUCUCCUCUUUUUAUCUGCUCAAAUUUUUUUGGAGCGCUCUGUUCGCAGCUCAUCUGAGCGUUAACACGGAGAGGAGAACGACGGGCGUCGACCUUCGUCAGGACGGCGUUUUGUAACGAGCUGCUUUGUUGUCGUCGCCGUCUCGUUCCGUCCGGAGGUUUGUGGCGGUCGCAGGAUGACGACGGUCAGACUUUUAAUAUUAAAAACAGAUUUAAUAUCCUUCUUCUUAAGUUUUGUGACAAAUUCCUUCUCUCAUGAAAUAAAAACAUCUUCGCCAUC